AACCAAAGUGACAGCUGUUAUCAGUUUACCUUGCCCAGUGCUUGUUUAACUUGCUAGUCAGCCAGUGUUGUUUAUUGUGGAUUGCAGAGAGUGGAAAAAAUCGUGCAUUUCGCAUCGACCAUCGGAUUUGUGAAAUCGUGUUCUGGCCUACAAUGUAGACAUUGGCGGGGUGCAAGCUUGUCCAGAGAGCGGAUCCCUCAACACCAUCGUAGUACCUACAACCACCACCAGCUCAGGAGUUGAGCUUUUGCGGAAGGGUAAAUAGAGAGCAUUUUGGAAUGGUCCAGGAUGGGCUUCCAAAAUGAUGGCGAGUCGGAGAAGGAUCAACCGCGAGAGUACCUCGGACUGUCUACGACCAUUGCCCUGCAGCGGCUCCACGACGACAUCGAGACGGUGCUGGCCGCGUACGAGGAACGGUACGCCAAGCAGAGAUGGUUCCUGAAGUUCCGGUCGGCGCUCGUCGGUAACAUGACGAGUGCACUUAGUUGGUUUCCCAUGCUGGCAACGGCAAUCCUGGUGGUAGCGUUCUUCGCUAUCGGCUACUACUUCUCGGCGGGAUUUCUCUUGGUUUUGCUAGUGCUAGCCAUUUUCAUCACCGUUCGGGAGAACAACCUGCGAAAGACGGAGAUCUUCCGGAAGGUCCGCAGCGUGCUUGGAGAGAUCAAGUGCGGAACGGAACUGUGCAGGGAGUGGACCCCGUUCAACUAUCCACAUCAGUGCAGUCCGUUAUCACCUUGCGUGACCCUUCAGUGGACGUACCGGGACGGGAAGAUCGUGAACCUUCCUUGGGCAUUGCUUGUCAGAGGAGAUCACAUAGUCAUGCGACCGGGGCAGGUUUCCCCCGGAACAUGUACGGAGAUAUCCGGAAAGCGGUCUUUUAAGUGCGGUGAAACCUACGGGUUGACCAAGCCGAUGGAACCCCCGAAGAGACCCAUUGCACGAGCACCAAUACCCGAUCUGACCUGCGUCGUAGAAGUCACCCCGUACCUGGACAAUCUCCGUACUACCCUGGACAACUUCCUGAACCGUCCAACGACAAUCAUCAACCAGCAGCGCCACUUGCUAAUAACCAAUUGCAUCCAGCAGUGGGGAUUCCUCGUGGUUCUGCUACUCACCUUAACCGUCGGUGCCCUCCGUUACCUUGGCUUCUACUUCAACGGCAAAGUCCCCACAAACUGGCGCAACGUAUUCCUCCUGAAUCCAGCAGCCGCUUUGCUUCCCAUCCUCCCGCUAGUCUUCCCGAUGCUCUGGAUCACCAUCAACCUAUGGGGAACGGCCCGACUCGAAGCCCUCCUAUCGAUUCCCCAAUCCGUGAUGCGUGCCGAGGUGCAAAAAUCCUUCCAAGAAGAUCUGGACACCCCGACCGGCGACCUGGACCACGUCAAGCUGCCUCGCCGUAUCGUGACGUACUACUGGUGGCGGCUGUUCGCCGGCCGCAGCGAACUGCUCAACCGAAGCGCAAACGUCGUGCAGGUUCUGGGGUCGAUCACGGCCCUCUGCUGCGUCGACAAGAAGGGCAUCCUGUCGUGGCCGAACCCGACGGCGGAGAAGGUGUUCUUCCUGCGGAAUGGAUCCGGCGAAGAGGGUCACCACAACUCGGAACAGUCCGAGCAGAGCAGUUUGAACUCGCAGAGUUCACAAAAGGAAGGUUCCGGAGCGAUUGCCGAAGUGCUGGAUUUGACCCACGAUCAGCACAGCCCGUUCAAGCUGGAGUUUGACGACCACGACUACAAAAAUCAUCUUAGUUCGCUGAAGCCACUGGGCCUCGCGAUCCUGGUGAACACGUGCUGCCCCCUGACGCAGGCUCACUACGCCAAGUUCUGCGGCCACGUGACGGCGGUGGCGAUGCUGGACAAGGACUUGGUCCCCGUGACCAACCGGUAUGCGAUUGUAGAGUCGAGUUUGAAUAGUUUUAUGCAUGGUCGCUGUCUGUGUGAGCUGGCCCGCCAGAUUGGCUUUACGACGCACGCUCGGGACAUUUUCAACCUGGAGGGACAAAUUUCCAGCUAUCGGCAUUUGCAACCGGACGUGGUCCGCCGUGACAUCAAGUUCGCCCGCUCGCUCCAGCUGGCCGCCAAGGUCAAGGUUCCCUUUCCGCACUCGCUGUCGGUGGUGAUGCGCGAAAUGCCCGGCGGCUCGCUCCAACUGCUGACCCAGGGCACCGCCGACAUCGUGCUGGACAGCUGCGACGACUACUGGGACGGCCAGGACCUGCACCCGUUGACGGAGAAGGAACGCAAGCGGGCGCAGGAGUUCUACCAGCGGAGCGCACUGACGGCGUACUGCACAGCCUUUGCGUACAGGCCGUUGAGGCACGGGAUUACGGGGGCGCUCGGGGUCGAUGGGAAGGUUGCUUACUUGGAGUUGCCACCGGAAACGAAGAAUCGGAAGGACAUGCAGAUCAACAGGGAACGCUUGCCGGAGUUUGAUCGGGGCGGUGCCCCGUUGACGCACCACUCGAUCAGUACGGAUUCGCUGCUGUUUACGGAGAACAAGGAAGAGGACAUUUCCGACGUAGACGGAUGUUACGAGAUGCAGAGCCAUCAGGUGUUUAUUGGCAUGAUUACGAUGCAGUACCAGGCACAGACGGACAUUGUCCAGUUGAUCGAACGGUUGGAACGGGCGUGCAUUCGGUUUGUUCACUUUAGCAAGGAGAACGAACUCCGAUCGCGGGUGUUUUCCGAGAAGAUGGGGUUGGAAUCGGGGUGGAAUUGUCACAUUUCUCUGCUGAGCGAUAACGACAGUGGAGUUCCGUCACCGGCGGCGAAACAGUUUGAGUUCAAGAUAACACAGUCCGGGUCGAAGGAACACCACAGCCAGGUCACGGAGGAGAACGAGCUGAACAAACUGCUGCCGACGCUAGAAGGGACAAAAGCGUUGAGUUCCUCCGCACCGGGAGCUAUUUCGAACCCCGACUCAAGUCUGAUCGUGCACAACCGGAACCCUUCGAUGGACCAAUCGCAGGACAGUUUCGAAAUGCGAGACCUGCGGACGAACCAUAGACGAAGAACUUCGCAGGACUCUGCCAUGGACUGCGCCGCUAAUGACGAAAACUGCCGCUCGUUGAGCUGCCUUACCGACAGCACAGAGCAAAGCGCGCCGAUCAACUUUGACAUGUCGAACCGUGCCAAACUGCCCCGAGGCAUCGAGAACAUUCGGCCGCACCUGGAGAACGUAGACAACGUGCCGCUGCUGGUAUCGCUCUUCACCGACUGUUCGGCAGAAGCGACCAAAGAAAUGCUCAAAAUUAUGCAACAAUACGGCGAGAUCGUGGUCUGCCUCGGAUCGUCCGCUUCCAAUGCCAACUCGGAGAUCUUCCUUCAGGGAGACUGCUCGCUAGCUAUCGAACCCCUUUACCCGCAGGUCUGCCAAGACUUUCCCGCGUACACCGAAUCGAACAUCUACAACAACAAAGCGAAACUUCGCCGAACGCCACGCUCCAAACUGUUCCGCUCGAUCCCCGAUCGCAUCGUUACCAUCUCACCCAUCUACCUCAGUCGCAUGCUCAAUUCGAUCUCCUGCUCGAUCUCAUCCUGCCGAGACGAUCCCAUCUCGAUCGUGGCCGUCAUCGAACUCUCCCGACGCUUUCUCCAGGGUCUCUGGAGCUGCGUCCAGUUCUGGGUGUGCUGCGGAGUUUCCCUCGCCGUCAUGAACACCAUCACCGCCAUCUUGUCCCUACCCCCGAUGGUAGUCCCACAUCACGUCCUCUAUCUCCAGUGCUUCGCAGUCCCCCUGAUUUCCCUCUCCCUGCUUCGGAUUGAACCCGAUCCGGCCAUCAUGAAGCGGGCCACCGGCAAGAAGCAAACCUCGAUCGAUUCUCGCCUGGUGGUCUUUGUCCUCUGGUGUUACGGCAUCAAGUUCUCCCUGGUCGUCCUGCUCCUCGUCAUCUCGUACUGCUCCUUCCUCUCCCAUCCCAUCGAAAUCUUCUCCGACGACGAACAGGACGUGCCGGAAAACUUCCACCAAGAUCUGUCCGUAGCGCGUAGCUUCAUCCUGCUCGGAAUCGUGGUCCAUUUCAUCACCAUCUCAACCUCCUUCGUCCACCGGGACUACACCACGUUCAAGCGGAGCCCGCUCACGAACCUGUGCUGGGUUUCCGUCGCCGCCGGGCUGCUCCUGUUUCAUCUGCUCACCAUCGUCGUGCAGACCUGCACCGACGACUACUACUGGCAGGAGAUGAACCGGGUCUGGCCCAUCGUACUGUUCCUGAUGCUGACCUCCCUGCUGACGCUCGCGCUCACCGAGUUCUUCAAGUGGGAAGAAAUCAAGGUCAACAAUCGGUACAUUCGCCGAGCGCGGUUGGACUUUGGCACCAAACUGGGCAUGAACUCGCCAUUCUAGAUAAACCACAAACAAAACUAGCUUCUUUCUAAUCUACACAAAGCAGAAAAAAGACUAUCAGCAAGCAACUAUCAAAAAACUGUAGCAAAUGUUAGAAUUUUUAGUUAAGGCAAUCCGCUGAAGCUGAGCUUUUGAGAUUUUUUUUUUACAUAUUCUUUGCAUCAUUUCCAUUUCUAAACUACAAACAUUGUGUACGUACUGUAUAUUUAUAAAAUAGUACUUCUAUUUAAAGAAAAUAUUUUUUGUCAGCAAACCUACGAAAAAAAAGUCCAGUUUAUCAAUAUUUACAUCUCUUAUGUAUUUUUCCAGUUAGUGUUUGCACAUCCACGCGUAUUUACAUCAGACUGUGUGUAAAGUUUGUCAAGUCGUGUUAGUGAAAUAAAAAGUAGUCUGUUCGAAACAGUUUGGAAAAUAAUAAAAUCUGUAACAAAUCA